ACGCAAGGUCCUGCAUUAAUUUAGAGGGUUGUUCUACAUAGUCAACCUAUUCGUGGUGAUGAAUAUUCGAGUGUUGAUGAGACAGAGGAAGGCUAUCUAGAUUGUAUACAUAUAGUCAUAUUACAAAUUCUGAUUCACCUACGUCGUACAUCUAAGUCACGUGUGUCCUGUGUUUGCUCUUCAGUAGAAAUAGACAAUAUCAGGUUCAUAAGAGAUUGAUCAAAAUAAAAGGGAGUCGGGAACUAACGCCCCUCCAGAAAAAGGUCUCAGGCAUCCUUGGAAAUACUACUAUUGAUGAAAAUUGAAGGUGGAAUUGAAACCCUCGAGGAAAAGCCCGGCUCAGGGGGUUCAGGCGCCGAUGAUGCAGUUCAAUCGGGUAAUUAAAAUUAUAGCAUGUGAAAUAAUAUAAAAUCAUUAUACAAGAAUAUUCAUUAAAAUAUCAAUAAAUAAAACCUUAACAUGACUAUUAUAUGCAGUAUUACUAUCUGCCAGUCUGUAUAAAUUGGAUUUCUUUUUGUGCAAUGCUUAGUCUGGAAAAGCGUGAAUUUUUUUAGUCUGAGAAAAGCGUGAAAUUUCUUUCUCCAUUGACUGUCGACCAGCAAUGACGCCUCGUCACCAUGAAAUUAGUAUGCAUAUAAAGAAAGACUUGUUACAGUUAAGGAAGAAAAACUUUCACUACAAAAACAGAGACUACUGGACAUCGAGUGACAACAGGUUCGGAUAGAGCAGUAAAGCAUUGCCAAUGAGCAACAGAGGUGCCAAAUGCACCUUGCGCAGACAUGUUACAAAAAGGAAAGACCACGUGUCGCCGGAUUCCAAAAUGCAAACACCGAAAGGAAGUUUUACAGACACCUGUCUGGAAGAUGUUAAUGAACCCCCCAACCACAGAGACUCUUCGAAGAGUCCUAAUCCACAAAACCACUCUCCAGGACCGGAUCCGCCCAUUGGUCACUGUCCCCACAAAGUUAUUCACGUGAAAGAGGCUGGAGAUAAGCUGGAUACCAUACAUAUGGCUCCGUCUAUGGUGGUCAAGUCCGAUGAGGAAAAUUGUAUCAAAGAAUGCCAAAAAGGUUGUAUCGUUUCAAGGGAGGAUUUGAUGAGGAUCAAAAGACACUAAUAAACUGCCACAGAAAACUUGCUGUGUUGAAAACACUCCAUAUCAGUAAAUACACGUGCAUAAUGGCAAUGUGUAACACAAUUUUAAUCUAACUAAAUUACACUGAUGAAAAUAAAGCAUAACUGUUUUACAGCAAUA